ACGAUCACGUUGCAAAAGCAAAUUCAGAGCAAACUGACAACAGAGCGCUUUAGUAGUGAAAAUGGCGGCAGGUGGGAAACGUGUUUCGUGCGGUCUGGAUUUUGUCUCACCUUCUGAUAUUACUAAUGCUCUGCAAAUCGCAACAGAAGCCAAGUAUGACUUCGCCGCAAUGCCCAUCGCCCAUCCAAGGCACAAAAGAGAUUUCUCGGGAAAUUCACAAGCCAGGCGACUCACGGCGUUCACGCGAGCCGAUUUGAUACUCAAUAGCUCAGACUGGAGUACUCUGAUUGUAGGAAAAAUUUCACCGCACAUUGAUUUAGAUCAUGAGGACAGGCUGUUGCGCCAAGAAUCUGAAAACAUGCUUGAGCAGGAAUUGUCGUUUGCAGGCCACUUGGGUCUGCCUGCUGUCCUUGCUCCGUUGAGAAAGAAUAACACAAACUUUGCCAGAGUGCUACACAACAAAGUGUUGGUGUCUCCUUCCAAUCAAGCUAGGUACCAUGUGUGGCUUCACCUCCCUAUGAUUUCCCCUAAAACUGAGUCUAGUCAAUUUGAGCGGGAAGUGAAAGAGGAAGACACCGAUGAUACAUGGCACUGGUGGAACAAUUUUCGCAGCACUGCUAAUUUUGAGAAAAAACUUUCAUUAGCCUUAGAGCUAACUGCUGAUCUGCCAGAUAGUGUUGACAUAGAUCGCUGGCUGGGUGAACCCAUUAAAUGUCUCGUAGUUCCGACUCAUCUAUUUAUGACCAACAAGAAAGGUUUCCCCGUUCUUCCCAAAUCGCAUCAAGUGGCCAUUCGUCAGUUUUUGCGUCAAAAGACUCAAAUCCUCAUCACUGGAACUCAGCGCCAUCAACAUUACAAGCAUUAUCAGCAGUAUAUGGAGCAUUUGUGGCAAGUUGGGUAUGAAGCAGACCCAGUUAUGCAAUUUGCACAAGGGUAUGAAGACUUUCUCCAGUUCCCGCUCCAACCUCUUAUGGAUAAUCUCGAAUCCCAGACCUACGAAGUAUUUGAAAAGGAUCCAGUAAAAUAUACUGAAUACCAGAGAGCUAUGUACCUGGCUAUUCUCGAUAAAGUCAGCUUAGAGGACAAAGACUCGAAAAUAAUAACGUUGAUGGUUGUUGGAGCUGGACGGGGACCGUUGGUUCGAGCUGCAUUAGCUGCCGCAGAGAAAGCCGAUCGUAAAAUUCGUGUGUACGCAGUAGAGAAAAAUCCCAAUGCCAUCGUCACACUUCAAUGCCUAGCCGAAGAAGAAUGGGGAGACCAAGUCACCAUCGUUUCUUGCGACAUGCGUGAUUGGGAUGCUCCUGAGAAGGCAGACAUCCUAGUCUCAGAACUGCUCGGUUCGUUUGGUGAUAAUGAGCUUUCGCCUGAAUGUCUUGAUGGCGCCCAAAAAUUUUUAAAAGAUGAUGGCAUCAGCAUUCCAAGCAGCUAUACUUCUUUUCUUGGACCAAUCCAGUCUUCCAAACUGUACAACGAAGUUCGAUCCUGUCGUGAGCGAGACAAACCGUAUUACACUUCUUUUGAAAUGUCGUACGUUGUGCACUUCCGUAACAGGACAGAACUUGCCGAACCUCAAGCCUUAUUUACAUUCACGCAUCCCAACCGAGAAACGCCCAUAGACAACAGGCGUUAUGAAGUACGCAAUUUCCCCAUCAAAUGUGAUUCAGUGCUACAUGGGUUCGCAGGUUAUUUCGAGACUAUUCUCUACAAGGACGUGAUGCUUUCUAUCAAUCCUGCCACGCAUUCGCCUGGCAUGUUCAGUUGGUUCCCUGUUCUUUUCCCUGUUCAGAACCCCAUCAAUUUGAAAAAGGGAGACAAUCUUGAGAUUCACUUUUGGCGCUGCGUUAAUCGUACCCACGUAUGGUAUGAAUGGUGCGUGACGAAACCUCUAGCCGGUGCCAUACACAACCCAUUGGGUCGUUCCCACAACAUUGGCCUCUAAUUAUUACUUCCAAAACUAAUCGUUGAUGCCUACUGAUUCCACUCAUUUCGAGUUCUACCCAUUGCCGUUAUGGGACGGAAUACAAGGAUUUUCCAAGUG